AUGCCAAAUUUUGAUGUUUUCAUUGGGUGUUUUCCAAUGGAAGACAGUCACACUGCUGUAAAUUUAAGAUUGGCUUUUCAAAAUGUAUUAAAAGAAUUUGAAUUGAAAGAAUCAAAACUAAUGUGUGUAACAUCUGAUCGAGCUGCAAAUAUAAGUAAGGCAUUGAGAGAAGCUGUUGGAGAAAAUAAACACCUGGGUUGUUUUGCUCAUGGUCUUUCUCUUCUUGUACCUGAUGCACUCAAUAAUAAUACUGAUCUUGAUAUGAAAAAACUAAAAGACACCAUUGAUAAAGUUAGAGCAAUCGUAAAGUUUGUUAAAAAAAGUACACUUGUUUCUGGUGAAUUGAAGAGACUUCAAAUGUUACUAGGAGAUAAACCAGAAGGUCAAUGUCUUAAAUUAAAAAAAGACAUGGCAAUAAGGUGGAAUUCAACUUUAUUUAUGAUUGAGAGAUUUUUACAAUUAGAACAACAUCUUCCAAUGUCAUUAAAAGCCUCUGAGGCAAAAUCUAAACCAUCAAUGUUAUCUCAAGAAGAGCUGGACAUUUUAAGAGAUGCUGUUUUAAUAAUGCAGACUGUUGGCUUUGCAAUAACUGACAUUAGUGGGAAUAAAUAUCCCACUGUCAGCCUUGUAAUUCCACUUAUUAAUUGUAUGAGAAAAGAAAUUUCAUUGAUUGAACCACAUACAAUUUGUGGUAAAAAAUUCAAGACAAAUUUACAGCAACAAAUGGAACAUCGUUUUAAAAAUAUUGAGUGUAACAUAUUAAUGACAGUUGCUACACUCUUGGAUCCAAGGUUCAAAGAUGCACAUUUUCAAUUAAAUAUGACAAUUGUCAACACCAAAAACCAACUAAAAAAAAUCAUCAAUUCAACAUCAGCAUCUUCUGAUCCUGUCAUUGUCCAAAAUGCUGGAAAAACAUGCUCUUUAAGCACUCAAAAGAGUUUGUGGUCACACCAUGCAGCAAUAAUAACAUCUAGAAAUACCAAAAAUGUUAGCUACAAUGAUUUUGAUAACCAAAUUUCAAAUUAUUUAAAAGAGCCACUUCUUAAUCCAGAAGAAAAUCCACUUGAAGCUUGGAAAAACAUUACAAUAUUCAUUUCCACAAUUAUGCCCAGUGGCAAUUCGAUACCUAUGUAUCCAAGGUAA